CAACCUGUUGUUCAUGCUUCAUGUAGGCAAAUACAUUACGAAUUUUUUUACUUCAAUUUUUGGUGUAGAUGUUAUUUAAGCACCUAUAUACAAUCAUUCCUAAUAACCUUUUCUUAAGUAAUGGUUUCGCAAGGGAGUUUUCGGGACAGGAAUUGUGAGAUUGGAGUCACCAUAAUAUCUGUGAACAUUGUUUGCGGAGUGUCUCUCAGUGAAUGUAUUACGGGAUUACUGUGGCCAGUUCUCUUACUUUAGGGAUGAGCCCUCUGGCUGAAGAUCAGAGGGUGACAUGCGCACUGCACGGAGCGCUCAAGCCCCGGACACAAUUCUGGAAAAUAAAGCGCGCAUGUUGCUUCUUGAUAUCAUGCCGUCUCUGAAUAAGCUUUAAUGACUUAUCCCAACAGAAAGUGUCAUCCUUUUUAUUCGGUAUUGGUGGAGGAGGUGGAUGUGCUUGGAGCUCAGUGGGGACCUGUUGAUAGCCCACCGGCGAAGCAAUGGAGGUGCCAAAAAGAGAAGAAUGACAUUUAACUGAGUCAGAACAACACAUUUCAUCUGAACAACUUGUCUACAAUGGAAAUCAUGGAUACUCAUUGUGCCUUGGAAGCUGUGGAGAGACUUCAAGCCAAACUUAAGGAGAGAGGAGAAGCCCCCACACAGGAGAAGCUCUCCCUGCUCAAGACGGUCCUGCAGAGCCCCCUGUUCCAUCAUAUACUCAGUUUACAGCAAGCUCAGCGGAAGCCCCCGGCAAAGGGGAAGAUUUCCAAAUCUGUUUCCAUGAACUGUGGCCCCUGCCAUGGCAUGGCACUAGACCUGAAGGCACUGAGCCACAGUGACUCCUACACAUGGGCCAUAGAGAACCGAGGCACUGCCAGAUCCAUCUAUAGCGACAACAGCCUCACUUCUCUGGGCUCCCCGGAUCUGUCCUUCUCAGACGUCUACUCAAACAACUGCAUUCACACUGAAUCCCCAUACUGCACUCCCCCUCGAAUCUCCCGCACCAUGUCGAUGGGUAGAAACCUGUCUGCUAUCGCCCAUGAGAGGCGUCACGUGGAGAUGAUAGAGCUAAUCAAUGAUGGGAAAGGACUGGGUUUUGGAAUCAUUGGCGGGCGGAGCACCGGAGUCAUGGUCAAGACCAUCCUUCCUGGAGGAGCUGCCGGACGGGAUAAGCACCUGCGUAGCGGAGAUCAAAUCCUGCGCAUCGGGGAUACAGAUCUGGCAGGCAUGAACAGUGAGCAGGUGGCACAGGUUCUGCGAAAUGCUGGCACCAAGGUGAAACUGCUCAUUGCCAGAGAUAUUACAAAGGACAAUCACCUCUCCUCUCCUGCCCUCAGCCAGGACAGCCUGGACGGCAAGCUCAAUGACUUGAAGGAUGACUAUGAUUUCAGUGUGCAGUUCACUAAGAACAGUCAAGGCCUGGGAUUCACCAUUUCUAGCUACAUAGGUGACCUAAACUCAGCCUACAGCGCUGGUGUGAUAGUGAAGAGCAUAGUGAAGGGUAGCACUGUGGAUCAAGAUGGACGCAUCAACAUCGGAGACAUCAUUCUGUCUGUGGACGGGGUGAGUCUGCAGGGCUGCAGUGAGCAGCGGGCCAUGGAGGUGCUGAGGAGGACAGGCCCCCUGGUUAGACUGAGGUUGCUACGGAAGGUGGUCCGUCUGAGUCACAUCCUGCCCCCAGUUCCCCCCCUGCAUCCCCUCCGACACUCCCACAGCUUUCACGAGGGCAACCCCUACAGGAUGGGCCUCAACAAGAUUCAAGAGACAGGAAUCUGCUCACUGCGGGAAAUCUCCCGGCGAGCAGCAUACGCCAACGGACGACCCCGUCACGAUUCCAGAAACGGUGUGAAACUGACGCCAGCUGAGGAGGAAGACCUGAGGAAGAGGUGGCAGCAUGCAGUCGGACGGAGAUAUGAAGUUAUUGUGUGUCAGCUGGAGCGUUUCGGUGAGACGAGUGGGCUUGGCAUCAGUCUGGAGGCUCGGGCGGGACAUCACUACCUCUGCUCCGUUUUACCCGAGGGGCCUGUUGGUCAAAGCGGCAGGAUCUUCACCGGAGACCAGAUAUUGGAGGUGAAUGGGAUCCCUCUAAUUGGAGAGACGCAUAAGGAGGUGGUAAAUAUUCUGAAGGAGCUGCCGAUGGAUGUUUGCCUGGUGUGCUCUCACAUUGUACCGCCUGCAAUCCCCGACAGUGAUGAGGAGGAUGAGAAUGAUGCACAUCUCACCUUGAAAGAGCUACUAGCUGAAUUCAAUGACAAGUUGGACCAGGGCUGUGUCAUUCCCUGUCCUACAGCUGAGGACAUCACCAAGCGUGGCGUGCCCCCAAUGUCCCCUCCCCUGGCCAUGUGGGAGAGAGACGCUCAGGUGGUCGAACUGGAGAAAGGGGAGUUAGGACUUGGCUUCAGUAUCCUGGACUACCAGGAUCCAGAAGAUGCCACUAAAACUGUUCUGGUAAUCCGGUCUCUGGUGCCUGGGGGUGUAGCAGAUCGAGAUGGUCGCCUGCUGCCUGGUGAUCGACUCAUGUUUGUUAAUGAAAGUGACUUGGAAGGCUCAAGCCUGGAUUAUGCUGUGCACGUGCUUAAAUCCACCGGCUAUGGCCCUGUCUGCAUUGGAGUUGCCAAACCACUGCCGCUGGAACUGUGUGGCGGCCUAACGCCCAUCUCAGAGAGGAGCUUGCGGACUUCUUAUGAUGACACUGACAGCCAAAGUCAGAUCAACCUGCUAGCUGAGGCAGCGGAGGCUAACAGCAACACUUGGAACUCUGAGGACAACAGCAUCAUCGGGCCGUAUUACUCUACAACGGAAAACCGGCUGCGGCAUCGUUUCAACAUGAUGGAAGACUACGACAGGCAGCAAGCACCACCUCUGCCCCCCCGCACCAGCUUUGAGAGGACAAUCACUGUUGUCCGGGGCAACCGUAGCCUUGGGAUGUCGGUGAGUGCUAUCAAGGACGGCUCAGGCAUGCUGGUGCGCAGCGUGGUCCAGGGGGGCUCUGUUAGCCAGGAUGGCAGGCUGGGGGUGGGGGAUGCCAUCUUGGCCAUCAACAGAGAACCUACCUCCAAUCUGACCAACGCCAGGGCCAGAGCCACGCUCCGCAGACACUCUGUCAUAGGGCCAGAGAUAAGCAUAACCUAUGUCCCAGCCCAUCAGGUGGAUGAGUACCGCGUCCGUCUGAAUUUACCCCCUCUGGCGUCCAUCGCAGCAGACAGCGCCUCCUCCUCACCGACCCCGCCAACCCUUUCUCCAGAACCCGGCUCGACCCCGGCGAGAUCACCAGGUCCAGUCAGAGCUGCAGUCUCCACUCCAGCUUCAUACAGCCUAAAACCCUCUGCCACGGCCAAUUUUAAAGCUGCAGAUCCAGCAGUAGUCAGAGGCUCUGCUUCAUCCAAAGCUUUAAUCAAAGGUCCAGCCGCGGUCCCUACCAUAACCCCGGCCCCGGACUCAAGUUGGCUGAUUCCAAAACCUUGCAUGAACAAGAAGGAGGGAAACAAAGAAGGACAGAUUGUGAAGGAGAAAAGGGACAGGCGUAGCGCAGAUGGGAAAAUAUCACAGCUGGAGGUAGAGACAAAGGUGGACGGUAAAGAAGACGGAGAAGAGGAGCUUCAUUUUCAUACCACAGUUUCUUGGGAUCAGCCUAGAAGUGUGCGGUUGACUCGAACACCAGGCCAGUCCCUGGGUAUCAGCAUAAUGGGAGGCAGAGGCAUGGGCCGGAGACUGAGCAGUGGAGAGAUGAUGAGGGGAGUCUUCAUCAAGCACAUCAGCCCCGACAGCCCGGCAGCACUUAAUGGCACCCUCCAGACUGGAGACAGGAUACUAGAGGUGUGUGGAGUGGACCUACGAGAUGCCAGCCAUGAGCAGGCAGUGGAGGCCAUCCGCCGGGCCGGAGACUCUGUGGUCUUCCUGCUCCAGUCUGGACAGCACAGAUCUCAGUCCCCUAUGCUUGCCAACCACGAGAGACUGACUCCACAGUGUUACUCACACAGCAGCAAGGAAGCAGAGAGUCUGAGUCUGUUCCUUAGUGUAUGCCCUACAAACCCCUUCACUCCCACCCCCUUUAAGGUACCUUCGACAACAUCCAAUAAAACAGAUCGGAGGAGCCCCACUACUGUCCCAACACCAAUCACAGUGGCAGCUGGAGAAGAGGGCGAUCCUGGCAGGAAAAAAAUGCUUCAGCGUUACGGCAGCCUGUCAGGAAAGCUCCAUAUGAUUGAGCUGGAGAAGGAUCCUGCGGCUCGCGGCCUGGGAAUCAGCCUCUCUGGAAACCAGGAUGGUUCCAGGGCCCGCAUGAGUGUCCAUGUGGCGGAAAUCGACCCUCAAGGACCUGCUGGUUUGGAUGGGAGGAUAUGUAUCGGAGACGAGCUGCUCGAGAUCAACGGUCAGAUCUUGUAUGGCCGAAGUCAACAGAACGCAUCCACCAUCAUCAAUAACGCUCCAUCGAAAGUCAAGAUCAUUCUCAUCAGAAAUAAAUCAGCCCAUGGUCCAGCGGCGCAGGGAUCGACAACAGAGUGCAAGGACACAGUGGACUCCCAGGCAGACUCUACAGAGUGUGGACCCAGAGACAUCCAGCACAUCAUCUUACCUCAGGAUUACGUAGGUCUUGGUCUUUGCCUGGCAGAGGGGGAGGUGGUCAGGUCCCUGGUCCAGGACGGCACUGUCAGUAAGGAUGGCAGGAUAAAGGUUGGAGACAGAAUCAUUGCAGUGGGUGAUGAACCUGUGGCAGGACUGUCAGUGGACAAGGUGUCCAAUUUGAUUCUCAAACAUCGGGUCACUGUCAAACUCUCCAUCAGCUGCUCCAAGAGUCUCUCCCCCUCUCUUUCUCUUCCUCCCCAGUCAUCUAAUUCCCCUGCUCUCUCUCCCCCCGAUUCUCUCCCUAUUUCCUUCUCUUCAUCACUCAACUCUAUGCAGACCUCUCCUACCGGACGUUCUGAUUGGCCAGUAUCAGCUCCCACAACUUCUGACCCCAUGAGCUGCCCUGUAAUGCCUGGCACGGAGACCACCAUAGAGUUUUGUAAAGGAAAUGUAGGCCUUGGUCUCAGCAUUGUAGGAGGAUGUGACACUCUGCUGGGGGCAGUAAUAAUCCAUGAAGUAAAUUAUGGAGGAGCCGCACAAAGAGAUGGAAGGCUGCAGGCCGGAGACCAGAUACUAGAGGUAAAUGGUAUAGACCUGCGACAGGCCACUCACGAUGAGGCCAUCGGCGUGCUGCGGCUCACCACCCAGCGUGUCCGCCUGUGUGUCUUCAGACACCAGGAAGCGUACAGCGAGGAGGACCUGUGGGACGUCUUCAGCCUGGAGCUGAGGACUCGUCCUGGAGAGGGGCUAGGGUUCACCACAGUGGGAAAGAGUAAUGACACGGGCAUCUUUGUGUCAGAUAUCAUCAGAGGAGGCAUAGCAGAUUCAGAUGGCAGGUUGUUGCUAGGUGACCAGAUUCUGUCAAUCAAUGGGGAGGAUGUCCGUGCAACAUCGCAGGAACAUGCACACAAGCUUCUACAGAGUUGCAGUGAAGCGAUGCACCUGGAAGUGGCUCGUUUUAAAGCGGGGCUGCAGUACUCACAGCAGAGCCUGAGUGAAGACUCUGACUGUUCAACCCUGACCCCCCCAAGUGGAUGUGAUGCUUCCCUCGGUCACCAGAGGGAGACAGAUCAUAAGACAGGGAGCUACUCCUUUCAAGACUUCCCUGAGAGAAGAACAAUAAUAAUACAUAAGGGUCCAUGUGACUCCCUGGGCAUCAGUGUAGCAGGAGGAAUGGGCAGUCCCCAUGACAACGUACCUCUUUUUAUUGCUUCCAUGGAUACCAAUGGAUUGGCUGCCAAAACGCAGCAAUUACAGAUAGGAGACAGGAUCCUCACUAUCAAUGACGUGUCCAUAGAGGGAAUGACUCAUGUCCAAGCUGGACUCCUGCUGAAGACGGUCACAGGAACCAUCAGUCUGCAGGUGGCAGCGGGUUCUGGUGGCUGCAGUACAAACGACCACACUGAUGUGCAUCCACGGUCGUCAGGCCAACCCAGCAACCUGCCUCGCUUUCAUAACAACCUCAGUGCUCGUACGUAUGACACCAUCUCUCUGGAGAGGGGCUCCUCAGGCCUGGGCUUCAGCAUCGUAGGAGGGUUCAGCAGCCCUCACGGAGACCUGCCCAUCUAUGUUAAAACUGUCUUCGACAAGGGGGCGGCCAUAGAGGACGGCCGGCUGAAACGUGGAGAUCAGAUCAUUGCUGUGAAUGGACAUUGUCUAGAGGGGGUAACUCACGCUGAAGCUGUGGACAUCCUCAAGAAGACCAAGGGAACUGUAGUCCUAACGGUACUUUCUUGAGACACAGCCCACUGUGUCCAAUUGUAGCUGCCUCCCGGUAUCACAGCCUCACACAAACAUGAGAAGGGUAAACCAGGACAGGUAAAGUCGUAUAGAGGAGUAAAAAACUGUUAAUGAAUUCUAGUUUAAUUUCGGGAAGCUACCUCUAACUGCAACUGGGUGCGUUAACGGGCACAAUUGCCCAAUAUAAACCCAGAUUCCUGUGAAGGUGUUAUUACAAAUCAUUUGUGUAUGUUAUAAAAAUCUUCAUUUCCCUAUCCAAAUGACCUCUGUGUUGCAAACAGGCUAUUUUAGAGUAACCGCAGAAGCAACAAAGGCAUUUAUUAAACAAGUCAACUGAUGAUAAUAUAUUGUGUCUUAGUUAUCCUGUUCGAGGUAUUUAUAAUAUAGAUAUGCAAUGAUAUGCAUCAUUGCCCAUGUAAACACAUUCAUGAAUGAAUUACCAUCUCCAAAACCUCUGAUUCUGCCGACAGUGCAUAUGAAUGCAAUAGAUAAUUUUCCUGUCACAAUGUCAGAUGUAUUUACUACUGUCUUACAUCUGUUCAUAUAGGGUUAUCCACUGUGAUUAACUCCUAAGACCCACAACAUGCCAAGUGCUUCUGCCAAUCUUUUGUAUGGCAAUAAGGUUUUAGGACAUUUGCUUUAGAAGACUGUUGAAUUUUUUUUCUUCAUUCUCAUAUUCUAAUCAAUAAGUGUGUCAUGAUUGCUAUAUUUAUCAAUGUACUUUAUCUAUCUUUUAAUAAUCUUUAAUAUUGUGCAUUUAUUUACCUAUUUAAUAUUGCUUACUGUUUUCAUAACUUAUACCUUGAUCUGUUGUAGUAAGUAUUG